AAUUUCCAGCUGGUUUGAAAAAGCUACACUGAACUAAGAGAGGAAGAUGGCCGUUUUCUUGUUCUUGUUGAUAACCGUCUGUUCGGUGACCUCUUCCUUCGCCUGUUUCUGUAUGCCGGAACAUCCUCAAAAACAAUUCUGUAACGCUGGUGGAUUCGGUAAGUUCAUCUUUUAAAGUAAUUUAUGCUUAUUUGGCCUAGUAUUCAGCCGGUUCAUUUCUACGGGCGAAUUCUCUGCUCUGUUAGUUGAUAGAAGGACACCGUCGAUUCAAAUAAUCCUAAUUUAUGCUCGUGGUAACAUACAUACAGUCUUUUCGGAAAUUAUUGUAAAACGUUUUAGCUGUGAAUGUUUUAUAAACAUGACAACAGCGAUUGUUUGAUGCUUUAAAUCUAUGUCAAGCUCAGUCAAGUCAAGCUAAAUCUGACAAGUUCCAUUCCAACAUUUUGUAAAAAAUUCAUGCACAGGGAUUCACCAGAACAUUCUGUUUUUAGAUUGAGCCAAAAACAAAAAAAAGUAUUUGUUUACUCACAAGAAGAGCUGAAAAAUGAAAAUGAAAUGUACUACAUUGUACAUUUGAUACCGUCUAUGUUGCAUGAAUGGGUUUUUUCCUUUCUUUGUUUUCCUGCGAAUGUCGAAAGAUUUGUUCGAUGAUAUUGGAACAUUUAUCUGUGACUGUUUGACAUCCACGGAUGACCUCUGUUACGAGAAGUUUACAUAUGCGGCUAUAAUUACAAGUGUCUUUAGAUCCAAUUCUAAAACUUCCGUCCGUAUAUGCCAAAAAUAACUUCAUGAGGUCGAUAUACUACAUUCCAUGAAAGUUACUCUUCUUGGGCGGGGCAGCGCAAUGACAAGAUCUUGCCCUAAACAGGGUCUCGGUUUGCAUGCCUUGGGCAGAAUACCUCCACUCACACUUCUUCUAAGUGCUACCCUCGGAACUUUACGCUUGAGUUACGGUAACAAGAAAUUGCUAUUAGACUCCUUCAUGACAUUUUGCCUUAACAUGAGAGCGUUUCUAUCACCUUCGCAUAUCUUAAAAUAUUGGUGUUCCAACCAGGGUGAGCUUUAACAUUCCCAACAGUUUCAAGCACAGAAACCAGGUAGAGCUUCGGUUGAAGUUGCAACUUUUUUGGAGUGCAAACUUUACUUUCUUACCCUCUCUCACAAGUGUUGUUUUUUGCUUCGUUAGUUUUGCGCGCUAAGGUCGUAGGUCCAUCAAUAAGAGCUGCCAUGCCAAAUAGAGGCGGAAAUUAUCAAGUCUACUGGUUAAGAAUUACCUCCAUCUUUAAAGGCCAUGCAAACGUGCAAAACAAGUCAUUGACCAAGCUAUACACACCUUCUCGAAUCUCGUCGUGUAGAGUGCAGCUCCAGCCUUAUACCGAAUACCUCCUUUUCGGAAAGAUUUUAGACGGAAAUCUGUACACCAGCUUCUGCAACUUCCAUCAGAAGUGGACCGAGGUGACUCCUGAACAGAGAGCCGGUGUGGAAAUGCAGUAUAGCCAAGGAUGUAAGUGUAAGAUCGGAUUUUGCUUCGCAAACUGUGGUGGCCUUCUACUUGGCUGUGAUGGAUUUGACCCCCACUGGAUGUGCAGAGCAAAAUAUCAUCGAUGCUACAGUUAUCGUGAUCAAAAUGGCGUCGAAAAAUGUGGCUGGCGAGGAAGAGGACAAGGACUUUUCCAGCAGUGUGCUCGCCGAGGAUACGGCUUCCCAUGAGUAACUUAACAGUUUUACAAAACUCUUUUUUUUGAUACCUUCCAAUUCAAACACGUUCUCUGAUCGGACGUGAACGUAUCACGUGCCGAGGACCAAAAUCACCAACUCGUAAGGGAAACCACAACUUGAACUUUCGACCGGUAUGUGAUCAGGUCAUGCACCGUGAAACCGCGCCAAAUGUGUCAGUCCGCCUCAAGAAAAUAAAUACAGCAAAAGGAAACUAAUGUAAAAUUUAUUUUUAAUUGUUAGGUAUUGUGACGUGUUGUAAUAUGUUAUAUGUAGUGUUUCUCGUUUGAAUCCAUAGGUAAUGGGACGAUCAUUUAAUUAAAUAU